GUAAUCUGAUUGGCUGCGCCAUAUCCCGUUUGGAGGACAAGCGAAUCGUGCUCAGUAUGCGAAAAACAUGACGUCACGUUGAAGUAUUAAUAGCCGGCUUCGUUCACGCUCUCGUCUAUAGUCGUUUUCAGCGGUGUAUAUCAGCGGAGACACGUCUGACGCAACAACUUCUUAGUACACCUUCAACUUAAAAGGUAAUACGAUAUGGCUCGUACUAAGCAGACCGCCCGUAAGUCCACUGGAGGUAAAGCGCCAAGGAAGCAGCUUGCUACCAAGGCUGCUAGGAAGAGCGCCCCCUCCACAGGAGGCGUGAAGAAACCACAUCGCUACAGGCCCGGCACUGUGGCUUUGAGGGAGAUCCGUCGCUACCAGAAGUCCACGGAGCUGCUUAUCCGUAAGCUGCCCUUCCAGCGCCUGGUGAGGGAGAUCGCCCAGGACUUCAAGACCGAUCUUCGUUUCCAGAGCGCAGCUAUCGGAGCUCUCCAGGAGGCAAGCGAGGCCUACCUGGUGGGUCUCUUUGAGGAUACCAACCUGUGCGCCAUCCACGCUAAACGUGUCACCAUCAUGCCCAAGGACAUCCAGCUGGCUCGCAGGAUAAGGGGAGAACGGGCCUAAGGGGCUGCUUUGUUUUAACAAAUUGUCCUAUUUAUCAUACUUAUCCAUUCUAUGGACAUUUUUAUUUCUUGGUUUUUAUAUAUAUAUACAUAUAUAUAUAAGUUCUUAAAUUUUUUGUAUUUUUAGUGAUGCAACAUACCAACCAUUCCACAAGCCCAAGUGCACCAUGGACAUGAUUUUACCUUUUUUGGGUUGUCAGGCUAAAUGUAAUGACGUUGGGGAGGGCUCCUUUUAUUGACGAAGCAGACUAAAAUCUUUUGACAAGAAUCAAAUGCUUCACAACCUAACGGGAGCAGCAUUCUUUUCCCUAGUUGCUAUUGAUCAGAAAAUGCCAGCAUGCCAUCCUGGGUGCGCCUCGCCGCAGCGUCAGAGUGUUGGCUGUCCCAGUUGAUCCUCUGCACGGUGUGAGGGCGCACUGCAGACCCAUAACCCUGUGAUUUCUCUGGGCCGCUUUUUAUCUCAAAACACAAAAUCUUGGCAGCUACAUUUAAUACUAUUUAUGAGAUGUUGUCACAUGUCUUUCUAUUAAAGGUCUUUAUGAAUACAAA